AUGGAACAACGUGAAGGAGGAGAAGAUGCGCAAGUCGAAAUGCAGAUUGAUCCUGUGGACUCCCCGACUGAGGCGGCUGAGAUCUCUGACGGUGACAAAGAGGAUGGAGAAGGUGUCAAACAAGAACAGCAUCGCAAACGAGGCAGGGAAAGGGCGGCUGCUCAAGUUGCAGUUCCUAAUGAUGACGAAGAGUUGGACAGCCCCUCCAAGCGCCCACAACAUGGAGAUGCUCCGCUUUCUGGUAAUGAACUGCGUGCCCUUCUUCUUGGUCACGUGAAUGAGAUGAAAGAUGCGUGGAACACCUUCCAUGGUCGACUUGAACAAGUUGAGUCCAAGCAAGGAGCUCAGUCCGUGGACCUUGGUCUGCUGAAAACACGUACCGCUGUUCUGGAAAAGGACGCCGCCACACAUCGCCACCUACAAGAACAGACCUCGAAGAACCUGGACGAGCUGACGGAGGAGGUCAAAAGCAUGAAAGUGCAGUUGGAUUCCCUCCAAGCCCCUGCUGCUUCCCACAAACAUCCAGCCGCUCCUGGUCCUCCUCUGCCUGCUGGUGGUGAUCCUUGGGGUGACUAUCUCCGUCAGCGUCGGGCUGCGGGAGGGUCGAAUGAUGAUGGCAAAGGUGUGAUGGCUCCCGGGGAGACUCUACAAGAGGAGAUCUGUUUCACUCCGGAGAAAGCAUGGGCUGAGAAUUCAUUCUUUGUUGAGGACGGUGGGGAUGGUUGCGGCAAGGAGAUCUGCUGGCAUCUUGAUGGUGAGGAAAAUCCGAACCUGCAGAUCACGCAGGGCUCCUCCAACCUACGGAUGAAGAGAGACAAGGGCGCCAAAUUGACCUCCUUCUGUCCCGGCAUCUACAUGUUCAGACGGGUCGGGGACGUGCCAGAUUCUGGAACAACGAUUCCCGUGCUAGAUGGGUCAGGGGAGAGAUUCCUGAUGGUGUCAUCGUUGAAACGAAGGAUGCUAUUGGCGCCGCCAGACUUUCCAAACAUAGAGCCGACUGGAAGCGAGUUCACCGUCCGCGAACAUCUUGCGUCGAAAAUGACUGAUGAAGCCAUCGUGGACUGGGAUGAACGUCUUCAGGAAAUGGUUGAUGCGGUUGACAUCCGGGGUGAGUUCGUUGAGUUCUCCUUGCUUGACGUUCGCUUGGCUGCCGAACUGCUGUUUUACCAGGACGACAUCUUUGUGAUUGACAAGCAACUUGGCUCACUCGCGCGGCGGAUACGAGCUGUCGGACGUGGACUUGAACGAGCAGGACUCCUACUUGCGGCUAAGAAGACCAAAAUCAUCGCCAGCCCUGCUUUCUCUGGGGCUCGUCGGGUUCGUCUUGGUUCGGAUGAAUUCUGCAUUGCACCGUCCUCGGAAUCCAUCAAGGUCCUGGGGGUGAACUUCUCUUUGUUUGAAAAACCCAACCAACAGGCUCUUGAACUUCUUGCACGCACGCGCGCAGCGGCUGGAAUGCACAGGGACAUCUUGGGGGCCAAAGGCUCGUGGACGAACAAGAUGAAGAUGCUUCGAUGCCUUGUGGAAUCGCGAUUUACUUGGUGCGCUGGCGCUCUCCAUUGGGGCAACGAAGAACUACAGGCGGCUAACACUCUGCAACUGCACAUUCUUCGCUCGGCCUUCCAACUCAGACGCCUCUCUGGAGAGUCAUGGCUGGACUGGAAUACUCGCAGCAUGCGCUUCGUCAGGGUGUGGCUUCACAAUGGUGGUUGGCUUAGAUGGUCUGAUCGCAUACUUAAAUUGAGCUCCAAUUCAACCUUCAUGGGCAUUGGAGUCGCCGUUCGGAAAUACAGCCAAGCACUGGAUUUGCCUCACCUUGUCUGCCGAUGCGGGCUGUUGUGUGGAGGUGCACUGCAUGGUGGCGUGAACAACAAGCUCUCAAAGUCUCUGGACUUCGCCAUCCUGGUCACUUCUUUGCAAGUAACACUGAACGCCAGCUCAGUGAAGCUUUGGGCAAUCACUGGCCAGUCUUAG